AUGAGUAAACCUGGAUUAGGACUCAAUACGUUUCAUUUGGUUUUCAUUGAAAAAUCAUAUGGCGAUACUGAUGAUCAUCGAAUGCAUUCUAAAUCCUCCAUGAAAGACUAAGUCAGAUUUAAUGAAGAAAUCAUGAUUUGCUUUUUUCAUCAGAAAGAAAAGGUUACUUAAAUUGUAGACAAUAAAAAGAAAACCAUAAAGGAUUACUUAAAAUGA